UCCUGCAGCUUUAUCUUUGGCUCUGCCUUUCCUUUAUACCGACGCAACAACCGUCGACGUUAUCUCGACCUUCAUUGUCGCCUUCACCGACGACCCCUGCUGCAGUGGUGUGGACGGGAGUUGGAUGCCAUGGCCAACGGACCUUUAGUGCUGGGCGGAGUUGGCUUCUUGUGCAGGACAACACAGGACAGGAGUGGAUAGGGCCUUAAAUGCCCAACGACUCCUUUGCCUAGCUCUGAAUAGUCUCUGGAGCCUUGAAUUGGCCGGGACCAGAUAACGACUCGGGUCCCGAGAUGCCUUUUUCGGCCUAGCGAACGACCAAGACGGGCGUUUUGAAAGCCUUCUUUUUAUAUGCUUCGCACUGGUGGAGGGCUCUGGGACUGCACUGCUUUUCCGUGUGCUUUUUGUGGUGAUGGGUUCUGAGUAUGAGGGCCGGAGCGCGGCAGAGGUGGUGGCCGGGAUGAGGGAGCGCUUUGCGUCCGGGAAGACAAGGAUCUUUCAGUGGAGGGUCGCCCAGCUGAAGGCCAUUGUGAGGAUGAUCGACGAGAAGGAGGAUGAGAUCGCCGCGGCCAUCUACGAAGACCUGGCUAAGUCUCGGACGGAGGCUUGUCUCCAAGAGAUUGCACUGGCAAAGGAUGCAUGCUUGUUUACCCUAAAAAAGUUGAAACAUUGGGUGAAACCACAGAAGGUAUCUACCUCUAUUAUAACUUUUCCAUCAACAGCCCAAAUUGUUCCUGAGCCUUUUGGUGUCAUACUGAUCAUAUCUGCUUGGAACUAUCCCUUUUUAUUGUCCAUUGAACCAGUAAUUGGAGCAAUUGCAGCUGGGAAUACUGUUGUCCUAAAGCCCUCAGAAGUUGCACCAUCCACUUCAUCAUUUUUUGCGAAAGUUCUACCAAAGUAUGUGGAUAACUCUUGUAUCAGGGUAUUGGAGGGAUCUGCUAGUGAAACAUCAGAACUUUUAGAACAGAAAUGGGACAAAAUAAUGUAUACAGGCAAUCCUAGAGUUGCACGUAUUGUGAUGGCUGCAGCAGCAAAGCAUCUUACACCAGUGAUCCUGGAACUCGGAGGAAAAUGCCCUCUUAUUGUUGAUUCAAAUAUUGAUCUAAAAGUUGCUGCAAAGAGAAUCGUUGUGGGCAAGUGGGGAAGCAACAGCGGUCAAGCUUGCAUUGCUCCUGAUUAUAUCAUUACUACCAAAUCUUUUGCUGCAAAGUUGGUGGAUGCUCUGAAAAUAGCUUUGCAGAAAUUUUACGGGAAGGAUCCAUUACAAUCGACUGAUCUAUCUCGCAUUGUGAAUAUCAGACAUUUCGCUCGAUUGAGAAAUCUUUUGGAAGAUGAAAAGGUAUCUGGAAAAAUUGUUUAUGGAGGUCAGCAAGAUGAAAAAGAUCUAAAAAUAGCUCCCACAAUCUUGUUAGAUGUUCCCUGUGAUGCACUCAUGAUGGAGGAGGAAAUAUUUGGGCCAUUACUUCCGAUUGUCACGGUCGAUGAUCUGGGGCAGAGCUUUGAUAUUAUAAACUCCAAAGAGAAGCCUCUAGCAGCCUAUCUGUUUACUAGGGAUCAAAGAUUAGAGGAGAACUUUGUGAAAACUGUAUCGGCCGGAGGCAUGCUCAUUAACGACACAAUCUUACAAUUUACAAACCGACAUUUGCCCUUUGGUGGAGUAGGAGAGAGUGGAAUGGGAUUUUAUCAUGGAAAAUUCUCGUUUGAUGCAUUCAGUCACAAGAAGGCUGUAUUGCGCAGAUGUUUCAUUGUAGAAAUUCCAAUGAGGUACCCUCCAUACACACCACAAAAGCAGAAGGUUGUGAGAGGACUGAUGAGUGGCAAUGUCUUGCCCUUGCUUCAUGCUCUGAUCAGGAAGACUUAUUUGGCUCUCCGACCACCUCACUCAACUAGUCAAUUCCAUUUGAUUGGCAAAGAUUGGAGCAACCAUUAUGAAUGACACUAUGAAACAGGAGGGUUGAAUAUAUAUAUAUAUAUAUAUUAUUGUUUUAGGAUUAUUUUUGUUUUUUUUUUCAUCUUAGGGUUUUAGGCUAUUUAAAUACUUGUUUGGGUUGAUGUUUGGGAUUCAUUU